UACAGCAUCUGGGAUCAAAGCUAUAUAUAUACACACUGACUCUGUGUGGGUUCAAACAUUUCGAAGAUUCAGUAUCCUGAAAGGUGUCACCUGUUUUCCAGUCCUUCUGGGAGUUCCAGUUUGUCUUAACGUCUGAAGGCAUCAGACACCUUCAGUCCCUUCAGCAUCUGUCCCAGCGCAGGAAUGCUCUCAAUAUUGGUCACCGUGGGAUUUCUCUGCACAGCCACUGCCAUUGCAGAAGUAAUGGAAGUGUCUCAGCCAGCAAUGGUGCUGGCCAACAGGCAAGGAGUUGCCAGCUUGGUCUGUAAAUACAAGCACAUCGGGAAUGCAAAGGAAAUUCGAGUGACUCUGCUGAAACAGACGGGUGACCAGUUCACUGAGAUUUGUGCUUCAACCUACACGACGGAGUUUAAAAUGUUCAGUGUGGAAGAGGUCAUUCAGUGCCGUGUUAGCCCUAGCCGAAACAAUGUGACCCUCACCCUCACUGGCCUGCAAGUUAAUGAUACUGGUCUUUAUGUCUGCAAGAUGGAGCGGAUGUACCCUCCACCCUAUUUUAUGAACAAAGGCAAUGGGACACAACUCUACGUGAUUGAUCCAGAACCGUGUCCAGACACUGCCAUAUAUCUCUGGGUAUUAGGAGCUACUGCCUCAGGAUUCUUUCUUUACAGCUUCAUCAUCUCAGCUGUUGUCGUGGGCAAAGCGAUACAGAGAAGACGACGUCUCACUACUGGAGUCUAUGUGAAAAUGCCUUCUGAAAAGCUAGAGAAAAAAGUGAUUCCAUUUCACAUCACUGUGAAUUGAAACAGGGAGAGGGAGCCUGUUUCCUAGCUGGGAUGGAGAAUCUGCUAACUGACUUAAGUCAAAGAAAUAAAAUUUGUUAUCUUAUUACAAAGGUGUAUGGGAAAGAGAGAUAAUAUUCCUUGUAACUUCUACGGUUUGGAGGAGAAUAAAUAUAGUUUAUGCAUUAAUAUUUCAAGGUUAACCCUGUUACAUAAAAAUGGCUACAUUAGGCCAUUGAUUCUUUGAGUUGUAUUGUACCAAUAUGUAGUCUAUAUAUAUAUGCAUAUAUAUAUGUAUAGCAUUAAGUGCUAUUGCUGUUGCAGCAGAACAUCUUAUUGUUAGAUUGUGCCAUAUCUACUGAUCAACUGAGAUCCAAACACUAUUAAGACAGAAGCUCGUGUGUCAUUGCAAGGCUAAUUCUACAGGUCUGGGAGGCAGAGGCAGAGGAGCACACUAAUGUACAAAGGAAUGUUGACUUGUUUCUGUGCAGUGCUAUUUAUUGGUUCCAUUUCUUGCAUUAGUGCUUCGUGCUUCAACAGAGGCAUCACCGUAGGCUGGCAGUGAUGAUACCGCUGCUCUAAAAGCCUGAUCUCAGCACCUUUCUCUGGCAUUGCGUCCCAGCAGUGCUGCGCUGGAGUUAACAUUGAUGAUAUCUGAGCCAGUGCUUGGAGAGAAAAGCUGCCCAGCUGGAGACCUCUUAAGCUGUUGCUGGGAAGAUGUUCCAGCUCUGCUGGGGCCUCACAUUUUACAAAUGCUAAAUUAGCAUCUAUCCAAAAGGCAGAAGUAUGUUGCUGUGUUUAACUGAGUCUAUUUUCCAUGAAAAUACCAACAGUGUAUAAUCUUGUUUAUUAGUUAUGUACCAUUCAAUAAAAACCUUGAAGCUUUGCCCAAAUUAAAGUUCAUUUCUUAUUCAC